AUGACCGCUGAGAGAGAUGUAACCAUGAUUGCAAACAGCCUUGAAGACUUGAAACUCAAUCUCAAAGUUAUGCUUGAGCGCGUUGAAGCACUCGAGAGUGUCUUAUCUAUGCGGACAUUACCGAUCCCUUCAGCCCCUUGUACUUUGCUGCUACCGUUGGAGAUCAUUGGCCUUAUACUUGAGAAUCUUACCCAGCGUGACGUUUAUCCAUUUCUAUCACUUUCGAGAGGCAUUAACUACGUGGCAAGAGCGCGAUUGCUUCGGCAAAUUUGUGUUGUGGCGGAAGGGCAGGUACCUAAUCUCCACGAGUCAAACGAGGACUUGAAGCUGUGGCUGAUGCUUACAACUCAUCAGUUUUUCAUGAUUGUGGAGCUGAUUAAAAGCUGGCCUGGGGUCACCGUUGUUUUGCAUCAGCCUCAAUUUUCUCAGGCUCUUAUUAACAAAAUUAAAGAUAAGGUGGCACCCGCAGAGGUAAUCGUCGUUGACAGCAUAUCGAUUAGGCCAAAUGGUAUGCUUGAACGUCUUCAAACUGUGAAAGCUUCAAACGAAGAUGCAUUGAGGCAACUUAACAGUGAUGUUGAUACCUCAAUCAUGUUGACACCCGAGGUGGCCACGGAACAUCUCUCACGGCUCACGUUGGUCGGCCCCAGCAUUGAAAUACCUAAGCUUCACUCAAAACUCGACGUCGACUGUCUCGAAAUCUUCGGCGAAGUUAAUGGGAUCGACCAGUUCCUUAACCUUGGAGCUAUCAGUCAGUUGACUGUUGCAAGUGCGUGCGUGAAAUAUAACCUGACAAUAUAUCAGCUCGCCCCACAAUUCAAGAACUUGAGAGAUUUGUGCCUUGCAGGGUCAUUCUUUGGAAGCCAGUUCAUCCCAGCGUUUCCGGAUACGCUUCGACGUUUAGUGGUCCAUUGGAUAACCGGAUUUCCCACCCCUUGGACUAUAUCAUCAGGCGCGAGCCAUUAUAAGGCAGAACUUGCAUACCUAGAGAUUUGCCUGGGCACAAGUUUUCCUACCAACACAUGGCCAAGACCGUCUUUGAGUGUUGAACCCGAUCCUAAAGUUGACACAAAAGAGAUACUAGAAGAAUUAAAGCUGGUCGAUUUUGCUCAGCUUGCAAUUGUUGUGAUUCAAGGGCGCCGUUUCCUUCCUCGUCGUGUAUUAGGUGAGUGGUAUGAAACCAUAGAGGUGUGA